CAAAAGAAGUAUUUCGAUUCAUUCGUGAAUAAGAAUUGCCACUUGCUAAUAAUGCUCAUAUUUGUCGGUGAUGUCGCCACGUGUAACGUCUCUUCGUAAAUUUUUAUCUAAUCAUUUCAAUUUCACUCAUGCUAUGCUCAUUUGUGUACAUAUAUAUAUUUAUAUAUACACAUGUACAGGAAUGGACAUGAAUAGACUUAAAGUUUCGAGGGAUGGAAUGUUUAUUGUCACCUUUUAGCUGUAUUCCGUAAUAUUUCUUCAAAAAAAAAAUUAUAAUUAAAUAUUUCUUGCUAUUUGUAUGUUCGAAACGCCAUCGUGUACUCGUUUGUGGAAAUAUUUUCUGUUUUGAGUGAACUUGUGUAAGAAAUAACAAAUUUGGUAAAAUAUGCGAAUUAAUAUCAUUAAUUUUUGUGUGAAUGAUCUGUACUUAAUAUAAGAGAUCAUUUGUAAGAGCAUUGUCGUGUCAAAUAAUAGAAAUAAUCUAACCGGUAAAAUGGCAUCAUCGUUAUCAGCAUAUUGGGUAAAAUUUUUUAAGGGCGCAGGAUUUCCUCAAGAUGUAGCCACGAAGCAUGCAGUUGUGUUUUCAAAUAAUCGUAUUAAACCAGACAUGUUACCCGAUUUAGAUAAACCUAGCCUCAAAGAAAUGGGAAUUACUUUAAUGGGGGAUAUGAUUGCUAUUUUGAGAUAUGCAAAAAAAGUGGUAGAGGAAACAACAUGUGAAAGAUUCUUGGUUGAUACGAAGGAUAAAGUUGAAUCGUCUAAAUCAACAGUUAAAAAAGUAUCAACCAAAGCAAUUAGUUCUAAUACGAAACUAGAAAAAGUUAAUAACAAACAUAAAACUGAAACAGUACUUACAAAAAAGACCAUUAAAAUUCCAACAAGCUCAGCCAAGAAAAUCAUUGUUGAUAAAAAAUCGACAUCAACAUCAGAAAUAAUUGCAGACCUUGCUAAUCAAAAGAAACAGACCUUGAAGAGAAAAUUAAAAGAAGAUAAUGCGUUUGAUAUUAAUAAUGAGGACGAAUGGGAAGAAUCACCCAAAAAGCUGAAAUCGCUUGACAAUAAAGAGACAGUAGGGUAUACUGUAAUACUUCCAAAAGGUUCAACAUCUAGAAGUCAACAGAUUCUUAAGAAAUCUGCAGAACAAAAACGAACUGUAUUCGAUAGGCUGGGCGAUAGUUCUGUUACUAGUACAACAAAUCCAACUGAAACAUUACCAACAUUCAAUAUUACUGGAUUGGGAAAAGAUAUCCUUAAAAGAUCUGUUUUUAAUCGAUUAGGAGAUAAAGAUGCCAAAAAAGAUACCAUAAUUCAACCAGGUAUAUUAAAAAAUGGAAUAAAUAGUACAGGAAUAUUAAAAACUAGAAGCCCUAGUAUAAGACCCUCGAUUCUUACAACAAAUAAAAUAGUAUCAAAAAAUGUGGGCACAAUGCGAGCUGAUCAAGAAGUAAACAGAAAAGUAAUGUCAAAUAAUGUUGCACAGUUAGUGAAAAAAACAAAAAGAAUUACUUUUAACAACACAUCUUUAAGAGACAACAGAAUGAUAAAAUCCAACGUUACAUCUGGAAAAUUAGCCUCAGAAAGAUUAACCGCGAUACCGGCGAAAGCACGUUUGGGAAUGGUUAAAACAAGCAGUGCUAAACAAGUAACUUUUGACAGAAUUGCAACAGUAGCACAUGUAAAACGACCAGAUGUUUUUAGUCGUCUUGGAAUUUGAGAGUAAUCAUUUACAUUGCUUUUGUUAUUAUUAAGUUAAUAUAUAUGUUUGCUUGUGACCAGAAAUUCUUUGUACAAAGUUAUUUAGUUCUCUAUUACGUAAAUAUAAAGACGCAAAGGAAAGAUUAUUAAAUUAUGUUAACUA